AUGGCGAGCGUCGCGCCGCGCGCGCGAUGCGGGACGAUCAAGACUAUCGUGAACGCACCGACGAAGCGAGGCGCGCGAACGACGACGCGCGCGAGUGGUAAGGGCGAUGGGAAGGAUCGGGUGUACAUUGGCAAGGGACGUUACGUCGAAGACGACGCCAAGAAGUACGCUGGGCGCGAUAACUGGUUCACCGGCGGAUGGCCGGGCGGAGAGAAGCAACUGAAGGAAGUUUUCAUUCAAGAAGAAGCGGCUGCGGCCGCGCAGGCGGCGAAGGAGAGCGCGAAGAAUGAGCUUCCAGAGUACGCCAAGGGCGACGAUACUAUUUACGUCGGCAAGGGUAAAUACGUUAAAGGUGACGCGAAAAAGUUCGCAGGUCGCGAUAACUUGUUGACGGGCGGGUGGGCCGGUGGUGAGGUCGGACUGAAGGUUGGGGAGAAGCUGAAGAUGAAGAAGGGUGAUUUAGUCAAGGUGGCGGCGGGCGGCGGUUUCUUCGGCAUGGGCGGUAAGCCCCAGCGCGUCGGCACCGUUCGCAAAGUGAACGUCAAGAAGAACGGCGAUUGCACGAUUGAAAUCGCCGUGUUGCCGUUCGAUCGCGUCGAAACCGUGGACAGUUCUCUGUGCACGCCGACCACACUGGAGGAAAUGUAA